AUGCCGAAAAGUGACAGCGACGUAGAAGUGAUUGCUGGCUCGUCGUCAAGCCCCGGGUCUGCAUCGGAGCGUCGCGGCUCGGAAGCCACAGCCCCCGUUUCGGCAGAAGAAGCCCCAAAACCGCGCGUCAUCUACGAGUACAUUGUCAGAUGCUGCGUCCGGUUAGAAGCGCUGAAUCGAACAUGCUGCGCCGCCAUCCGGUUGAUGCAUAGACUCUAUGAAAGGAAGAUUGUCAAGUAUAUCUGUAACUAUUCCCUCGCCACUGCCUGCAUCAUGGUGGCCGCGAAAAGCGAGGAGGACUCUGGGAUUCGAAUCAGGGACGUCGUCAAUGUUUCGCACAGGAUUCUUCACCCUGAAAAGCCGCCCAUCGAAGUCGACGACUCGUUUUGGACCUUACGGCGUUCGCUCGGCCGGCUAGAAUUUGUCGUGCUUCGCGAGCUCUCCUUCGAUACGUACAUGACACAUCCACAUCAGCUCUUAACGCUCUACCUUGACUUGCUCGCCUCCUGGAUGCCGGAGGAGUUUGAAAAGUUCGACAUCCGAGAACAAGCGUUCGCCAUUCUCCGUGACUGCCACAUCGUUCCCGAGUUUGUGCUCGAGCACUCGCACGAGAGUCUGGCGCUUGUGGCGCUCUCGCUCGUGCUGAAGGGCCACGAUCUGUACGUGCCGAAUUGUCGCGAUUUCUAUACGGUUUUCUCCAAGCACAUGAGCGAGCGGAAAUUGCGGCACCUAGAAGAGGAGGUUCUUCAAGACGUCUACGGGCAACGGCUAAAA